AUGGAUACACUAAUUGGUAUCCGUGGCCGUGACUUUGUCGCUGUUGCUACCGACACUUACGAGAAGUAUGGCGUUAUCACCAUGAAAAACGACGACGAUGGCAAGAUUAUGCAAAUUGACGACUCCAAACUUCUUCUACUCGCGGGGCCCCUUGGGGAUCGUUCUCAGUUUGGUGAAUAUAUUAGGAAGUCCGUUCACUACCUGCGUUACAAGACUUCCUUCAACAUGACUACUAAAUCGAUGGCACACUUCGUUAGGCAGCAACUCGCUGAGUAUCUUCGCAAAAGCCCCUAUCAGGUCGACCUUCUCGUCGCUGGCUACGACUUCGACGGCCCUCAACUUUUCUGGGUCGACUAUCUCGCUAGCUCCACUUCCAUUGACCGUGCUGUUCACGGCUACGGCGGCAACUUGCUUCGCGGUUUACUUGACAAGGAGUAUCAUGAGAAUCUUACCGUUGAGGAUGCGGUCAGGCUUCUCAAGAAGUGUCGUCACGAGGUGAAGAACCGUUUUCUUCUUUCGCAAUCCAACUUCCGCGCCAAGGUCAUUGAUAAAAACGGCGUUCACGACGUCUCCAUUUCUGACGAAGACACUCCUGAGGUUUUUAAAACUUCCCACUCCAACUUAUGA